GAUCGCAUCUUCAAAAGGUUCAAUUUUAAGCAUCUUUAAUUUUAAGGUUGAGGUUCGAUCCCGAGCCGAGACACUUUUUCAUCAUUCUACUCUGUAUGUUAAAAUCAAAAGUCAAAGCCCUUGUAAAACCCCAAUUUGACAAACAAAGAAAAUCACACUCUCAAAAUGAUACAUCACUCGAUACUCCGCAUACUCAAGCUUUCAACCAACAAUAACCGUCUAAUUUCCGGCGCUUCUCAGAUUUUCCGGCAACUGUCAACUUCUCCGCCGGAAAAAUCACCCGCAUUUCGCCGGAAAUUCAAUAAACAUACUCUUUACACUAGAUUAUCAAAUGUGUGGUCCACCGGCGAGAAAAUUUCCGAUGUUUUGGAUAGUAUUUCCAGAAAAAAUUCCCAAAAAUUUAACAAAUUUGAUCUUAUUAAUUGCAUUAAGAAGUUCCGUAAGUUUGGCCGCUACGACCAUUGCCUUGAGAUCCUUGAAUGGAUGGAGAAGGAAAAUUUUGAGCAUGAGUAUGCGUUGCAUUUGAAUAUACUUUGUAAAGUUAAGGGUAUUUGUGAAGCAGAGAAGUACUUUGAUAGUCUUCCUACUGAAGUGAAAAAAGUCUCCAUAUAUGGAGUUCUUUUGAAUUGUUACUGUACUGAAAAGAUGACUGAUAAAGCAUUGGCUCUUUUUGAAAAGAUGGAUGAGAUGAAGUAUACCAAUGAAUUGGCAUUCAGCAAUCUUAUGGGUCUCUUUAUGAAAGUAGACGAGCCAGAGAAAGUGCCUCUUCUUGUAGAGAAAAUGAAGCGGAGAAACAUCCCUUUAAGUCUUAUCUCCUACCAAAUAUGGAUGCAUAGCUAUUCAUGUUUAAAUGAUCUCGAGGGUGUAGAACGAGUUAUGGACGAGGCUCAAAGACAGGAAAAUCUUAAAGAUGAGUGGGAACUAUACUGCAACUUCGCCUCAGCAUAUGUCAAAGCUGGUCAGUAUCAGAAAGCUGUUCCAUCCUUGAAAAAGGCGGAGGAAAUUUUGGGUGAUUCAAACUAUCCUGAUCGUUUUGGCUAUCAUCGUUUGAUUAGCCUGUAUGCUGGUGUUGGUGAUUUAGAGUCUGUCAUUCGGGCAUGGGAUAAGAUGAAGUCAAAAUUUUCAGCUUGUAACAACUUAAGCUACUUUACUAUGCUUCACAUUCUAUCAAAGCUAGACAAUAUUGAGCUUCUGAAAAAGUACUUCCAAGAUUGGAACUUUAAGUAUAAGAGUUAUGAUCUCAGGCUCCCAACUAUUGUUAUAGGUGCUUACUUGAGGCAUGAUAUGCUCGAGGAGGCUGAACUAUUGCUGAAGGAUGUCACAGAUAGAUCUGGAAAUAAAAUAUGGAAAGCCCAUGUCCUUUUCAUGGAUUAUUUCCUGGGGAAACGCCAGAUCGAUUCUGCUUUGAGGCACUUGGAAAAGGCGAUGGCUAACCAAUGGAAGCCACUUGCUGGGAGUCUUGAUCCUUUUAUUGAGUAUUUAAUUGAACAGAAGGAUGUUAACAAUGCUGAACAAUUUUUCCAUUUGCUUAAGAAAGAUCAAUCUCUCCUUUCGACUGCCUACUUGGGAUUGCUUCAGAUCUAUGCAGCUGCAGAAAAAAUAGCCCCUGAAAUGCGUGAGAGGAUGGAGCAAGACGGAGCAAAUUUUGGAACUGAGCAUGAGGAAUUGCUUGAGAAGGUAUGCCCUAAUUGAGUUUAGCUGUGGAGUGUUCUUAAGCUCUUGUAUUUCAGUUCAUGAUCCAAAAUGGCUUUGUGACAUUGUGAAGUUAUAUCUAAUAUGGUUGAAUUUUUCGGUCUCUUUGUAUUCUUUAUAAUCAGGCUGGUAGAUUUCUUAGAUGAUGUAAACUAUGAAUCUAGAUGAUAACUGAUGGGGAUUGAUCUAUGAUGUGUCAUUGAGCGUCAGUUCUCUUUAUAUAUUUCAAGUUUGAAGAAGAAUGUAGACAAGCUCAAACUUGCAAUAGUCUAACAUGCUAUUUUUUUUUUAAAAAAAAAAUAAAAAAAAUAAAAUAAAAUAAAAAAUGUUUCAUUUCAUUGGAUACUGACUAAUUUAUGUAUUCUGGAAGAAUAAUGGUAAUGCAGACACCAUUCUGUGAUCUAAAGCUGAGGUUCAUUCAUGUCUAGAAAUCUUUUGACUGUACAAUUAGUUCCAUAUCCUUCUUGGUUAUACCUGCAUGUGUUGUUGAAUGGUUGGUUAUUAGAAUUCAUGCCAGGUCUUGAUUUGCAGCUCAUGCUUAAUAAGCAUAUUUCUUUGUCUUGUUGAUUUGCUAUCAACAUCUUUCAUUCUAAUCAUUUUCUUCCCCAAAUGUGGUGUUAGCAAGACACAUUAAACACCUUGCAAACUUUUAUGAUAGGCUGUUGAUUUUCUUUGUUUUGAAUUAUUUUGCAUGAAGAGAGGUUUUGUUUAGACAAGGCAUGAGAAUGGAGGUCAUGAACUCUAUUUUUAAGUAUGAAGGUCCUCUCAACUUAUUGCCAGCCCAUCCUCCAAUCCCCUAACCUUGGUUUCUGCACUGGAUACAACUCAGUUGUAUUGUCCCUGAGCCUACAACAUUUUUGUAUUGGCUUCUUUGUAUAAGGAAAAACAUUGGGUGAGAGAGGACAAGAUAACAGGUUGAACUAAGCAAACAUGAAAGAAGAUCCGGGCUUCCCCUAUGUUAGAUACUUGCUUUUGAUUUAUUUUCAAAUUUAGAUUUUUUAUCUUGUGCCUUUUGGUUUGAAAUAACUACUAAACAACAUAGUUGCAAGAGCAGGGCAACAUCUUAUGCAUACAUGUUAAGAUGGUCAUAGUUUAUAGAGAGUAAUGAAUUCCUAAAUGGGAGAAUGCCAGCCAAAAAAGGUGCCUGCACUUUUAAAUAAAAGUGAUAUAAGUUAGAAGUAUCCGUCUUGGCAUCUGUUGCUGACACUGAACAGUCUACUCCUGGGUUUGGAUUUAGAUUUUAUGAUUGUUGAUCAGCAUAUAUUAAGGCUGGGAAAUUUGAAAAUUUUCCAAAUUGAAUGUUCCUGACAUAUGCAUAUCACCGUCUUAUAGUAAUGUAGAGUAUUUCAGUCAGAUAUGAGAUAAGCUAAGAUCAAACCUCAAAGCUCUUCAAGGCCAAUAGUACUUAAAUUACGGCCACCUUGUGCUAUGCUGAGAGUGCUGUCAAAGCUAGAUGAUAUCAAGAAGUCAAGAGUCGGGAAAAGUGUUUCAACUUUCAAGCAGUGGUAGUUGAGGUACAUGAGUUUCAGUGAACUGCUACCAGUUGUGAUUGAUGCUUGCCUGCUUGAAGAGGAUCAAGUUCUGCUUAUAGAGUCUACAGAUAAGGCUUGAUAUGAAAUACUCAAUGUUCAUGCUGUGUUGUAGAUUUAUCAGAUUGACACUCUGCUGUAAGAUUCUUGAAUGUGGCAGAACUCCAAUUUGAUGGAGGCCAGUUGCAGAGGUGCUUCAUCUCGUGUCUCAAAGAAUAGAAAGUACUGAAUCAUAAAGUCCUGAUUCUCGAUUGAAGUGCCUGCUAGAAACUGUUUUAGACCUGUGCUCUGUAACCGAUGUCUAGAAUCUAUCUAUCAGCGGAUGGAAGAAGAUGGUGCAACAAUUGGACGUAACACAAGAAGAUGCUUUGAAAAGUAUGCCAUAAUUGAUUUAGGACUUUAGAGUAAAAUCAUCUCUGACCUCCUGUGAAUUUGGUAUUUGGGUGGAAAAAAACUUUGUAAUCUGCAAUUCAGCAAACAUUUUCCUAGAACUGUGGUUGGCUCAUGGAUACACUGUUAAAACCUCUUAAACCUUUGCUAGCUGCUGUUUCUUAGGUAGCAAUAUUAGCAACUAAACACGAUACUGAAUCACACUAAUGGCAUAUAAUUUCAUUCUGUUCAAGCAUUUCAAACAUAGAACAGCUUCCGAUGUCUGUUCUACUUUCUUACUACAGUGACAACAGGCGAAGCAUCAGUGCAUCAGCCCUUUGAUUUCAAUUGGUCUUGUCCAAUUUAUUUCAUGUAUAUUGUGUACCUGGAUUCUGAAAUUAUUAUUGCAAUUUUUCUUUCCAUGCAUGGAUAGAUUACUUGAUUAAUCUCAUGAUUUUACAUAAAAAGGUAGCUUCAUAUGGAAAUUUUGUGAGGCUUAUACUUCUGUAUUGCGGUGUGAAUAUCCAAUUUAAGGACAUAAAAUUCGUUCUUACGAUGUUUUCAUCUAAAUUUAUUGUCUAAGU